AUGUCCCCUUCUCGCUUACUUAGCCAGAGCUAUUUGGUUAGCUAGAUAUUUUGUUAGCUAUAUAUAUAUAUAUAUAUAUUGGACACCUUGUACGGGAUAUAUGGACGUGAUGGGAUUGAUAUAACAGGCAAAAAAAAACUAAGCUAGCAUCAACAUCUUUUUUUAAAAGUGCAACUAUGUUCGGUCGGUCACGGAGUUGGGGAGGAGGACAGGGGAAAACAAAAAAUAUUCAUUCCCUGGACCAUCUCAAGUAUAUGUACCAUGUCCUGACUAAGAACACGACGGUAACAGACAGCAACAGGAACUUGCUGGUGGAGACCAUUCGCUCCAUCACUGAGAUACUCAUCUGGGGAGACCAGAACGACAGCUCCGUCUUCGACUUCUUCCUGGAGAAGAAUAUGUUUGCGUUCUUCCUGAAUAUCCUUCGCCAGAAGUCCGGCCGCUACGUCUGUGUCCAGCUACUCCAGACGCUCAACAUCCUGUUUGAAAAUAUCAGCCACGAGACGUCGCUCUAUUACCUGCUGUCCAACAACCACGUCAACUCCAUCAUCGUUCACAAGUUUGACUUUUCAGACGAGGAGAUCAUGGCCUAUUAUAUCUCCUUCCUGAAGACCCUGUCACUCAAACUGAACAACCACACUGUACACUUCUUCUAUAACGAGCACACUAAUGAUUUUGCCCUGUACACCGAGGCCAUUAAGUUCUUCAACCACCCAGAGAGCAUGGUCCGUAUCGCAGUCAGAACCAUCACACUGAACGUCUACAAGGUGGACAACCAGCACAUGCUGCACUACAUUCGAGACAAGACGGCGGUCCCUUACUUCAGUAACCUGGUCUGGUUCAUCGGCUCCCACGUCAUAGAGCUGGACAAGUGUGUUCAGACGGACCAAGAGCAUCGUAACCGGGGGAAGCUGAGUGACUUGGUAGCAGAGCAUCUCGACCAUCUCCACUACCUGAACGAUAUCCUGACUAUCAACUGUGAGUUCCUGAACGAUGUCCUGACAGACCACCUGCUCAACCGUCUGUUCCUGCCUCUCUACGUCUUCUCUCUGGUCUGCCCUGAACAGUCUGAAGAUCGUAAGAUCAACCCUCAGGUGUCCCUUAACCUACUGUCACAGGUGUUUCUCAUCAUCCACUACCAGCCGCUGGUCAACUCUCUGGCUGAAGUCAUCUUCAACGGAGACCUGUCUGUCUUCACACAGCACAAAAACACAGUCAGCGCAGGCGUCCGUCGCUUCACCAAGCCUCCUGAGUCUCUGGAGCGGUCUCUGGAGCUGUCCUGCAAUCGGGGCGCAAGCGAACCCAGAAACGCCCCCAACUAUAAGAACCUGGGAGAGGAGGAGGAGGAAGAGGAGAGGCCGGGGGGAGGAGAGGAGGGCUUGGAGGACAGCGAGAGAGAGAGGGAGAAGGCUAAAGAGAUAGAGAUGGUGGUGAUGGAAAGGGGAAAGACGUCGUCAUCGGCAACGGAACAGAAUAUCACCGACGAGGAGAAGACUGGCUGCGCUGCUCGCACACAGAGGAAGAGACCGUUCCUAGACAUGGUGUACAGUGCUCUCGAUUGUAGUGAAGACGAUUAUCAUGCUCUGUUUGUACUCUGUCUCCUCUACGCCGUGUCCCACAGCAAAGGGAUCAACCGUGAGUUGUUGGAGAGGCUGCAGUUACCGGUCCCAGACCAGGAGAGGAGCUGUUAUAGCCAGGUGUUGGUGGAGAGACUCAUACGAGUGAUGAACGUGGCCGCACAACCAGAUGGUAAGGUACGUCUGGCUACUCUGGAGCUGAGCUGUCUGCUGUUGAAACGGUCCGUCCUCUCCUCCUCCUCCUCUUCUUCCUCCUCUCCUGCUCACUGCAUCAUCAAGGAUGUACACCUGGCUUGUGUUCAGGAGGUGUGAUGUGUAUUCUGUGUGUUUCAGGGAGCCAGAGAAGAGAGUCUGCAUCUCCUACGGCGUUUCUAUAAGGGGGAGGAGAUCUUCCUGGACAUGUUUGAAGAUGAGUACAGGAGCAUGACGAGUAAGCCCCUGAACGUGGAGUACCUGAUGAUGGACGCGUCCGUUCUACUUCCUCCUACUGGUACUCCUCUGACUGGAAUAGACUUCGUUAAGAGACUGCCCUGUGGAGGAGUAGAGAAGACCAGACGGGCCAUCCGCGUGUUCUUCAUGCUGAGAUCACUAUCUCUUCAGCUGCAGGGAGAACCAGAGACGCAGCUUCCUCUCACUCGCUCUGAAGACCUCAUCAAGACCGACGAUGUUCUGGACCUAAAUAACAGUGAUCUGAUAGCCUGUAUGGUGGUCAGUAAGGAAGGAGGUCAGGCUCAACGGUUCCUGGCGGUGGGUUACCAGAUGAGUCUGGUUGAACCUGAAACUAAACGUUUGGGCUGGGGAGUGGUCAAGUUCGCUGGUCUGUUACAGGACAUGCAGGUGUCUGGGGUAGAGGAUGACAGCAGAGCUUUAAACAUUAUCAUCCACAAACCCUCAUCCAACCCCCACGCCAAGCCCCUCCCCAUCCUGCAGGCAAACUUCAUAUUCGCCGACCACAUCCGCUGCAUCAUCGCUAAGCAACGCCUGGCCAAGGGCAGGAUACAGGCCAGACGUAUGAAGACACAGAGGAUAGCAGCGUUACUAGACCUUCCUGUCCAGCCCAGUUCGUCAGAGGUUCUGGGCUUCGGCCAGACAGGAAACACUGCUGCCGGCGGUCAACUCCCUUUCCGCUUCUACGACCAAUCGCGUCGAGCGCCCAACGACCCCACCGCACAGAGAUCUGUGUUCGCCUCCGUUGACAAAGUUCCAGGGUUUGCGGUGGCCCACUGUGUAUCUCAGCACAGCCCGUCCCCCCUCUCCUCCCCCUCCCCACCCUCCUCAGGCAGCACCGGACGAUGUGACUCUGUUACAGCCAGUACGAUAUCAGCCAACAGCCCUACAGAUGAGGAGACGUUCUUGGAGCACACCCCUCCUUCGUCCUCCGGUGGAGAGGGAGGAGGAAGAGGAGGAGAGUUAACCGGUUCUUGUUCCCCUGUCCCGUCUGUCCUGGCCCCCAGCCUCACCCCUGCCUCCCAGCCUAACAUCUCUCUACUGACAGACGACAACACAGACUCUCUGAGCGUCGAGUCACUGACCCUGCUACCCCCGGCUGACCACCUGCACGCACUCGGCUCACACACACACCUCGGCACUGAUACGGCUAUCAGAGAGGAGGAGGAGGAGGAGGAGGAGGAGGAGGAGGAGGAGGAGGAGGGGCUAGAGAAGAGAGAAGGGAAGGAGCCAAAGGAGGAAGUGGAAGGGUCAGCGAUGGAGGAAGAGGAGGAGGAGGAGACUGAAACCGAAACAACAAUUCAAGAGACAGCUGAAGCAGAGAUGGGAACGCCCACUGAGCAAGACACGCCCCUAGAGGCAGAGGGAGACACACCCCUUUCUUCUGAGGGAGACACACCCCUUUCAGCUGCAUCAGAAGGGGAGGAGACUGGUCAGGACACACCCACGGGAGAGGAAGCAGAGAAAGACACACCUCCGAAAGAGGACACGCCUACAGAAACACCCUGAUUAGAGGACAAACCCACCCUGAUUAAAGAGGACACACCCACACCCUGUGUGAUAGGAUAGGAGAGUAGUCCCGCCUCUCUAAAAUCACCCCUCCCUUUCCAGUUGUUUUGACCAGCUCUCUGGCUCCUCCCACUAGAUUCACCAGCCUGCUCGCGCAUGGCUAACGACCAGAGGAGUGUGGAUCCCCGUCUCUGUCUCUCACACAGCAGUAGAGAGCAGAUCCCUGUCUCUGUCUCUCACACAGCAGUAGAGAGCAG